GCUCGUAAACAGAGAAAUCUAAAUAAAGGAUCGUGCAGAAAUUUUACUCCAAAGUAUCUCACUUUUCUCCUCAAGUAAAAGGUAAAUCUCGUGUGAUGCCGAUACGUCGAGCAGCAACGACUCCGACCCCGGAGAAGGCCCCCUCCGUUGCAGCAGAGGAAGAGCCUGAAGCGUCCUCAGAGGAGUCCCCCUCAGCCGACGAGGGGCAGGCUGCACCCUCGGCGGCGCCAGCCGAGGGCGAAGCGGAGGCCGAGGGCGCGGCAGAACGCGGGGCAGAGCCCACAGAGAACGGAGAGAAGGCGGAAGGAGAGGCGGAGGAGAAGGAGGGAGAAGCAGCCGGGAAGAAAGAUGACAAAUGCAAGGACUGCGCGGCUGGACAGUGUGCAACACACUGCUAUGUUCUCCUACUAAGGUUGAAAGAUGGCUACAAGUACGAGAAAACCAAAACCAAGAAGGUGAAAAGAACGAUCCCUGCGUGGGCCAGCGUCGCUACCAGCAAAAAGCUUCCCGUUACCAACUUUGCAGGCACUCAGAACAAAGUGGAUAAUAUCCUCAUCGAAGCUAUUACGUCUUGUAAUGACAGGUCCGGGGUUUCAUACCAGUCCGUCAUGAAAUAUAUUCUGAAAAAAUAUCCGGGGAUGGAGCUCGACAGAAAGAAGUUUCUCAUCAAGAAAGCAAUGAAGAAACAUUUGGAGAAGGGAACCAUCAGACAGCUGAAGGGUAAAGGCCUCUCAGGAACCUUCGCCAUCGGGAAGCAGCCCACCGUGUCUAAGAAAACCCCACAGAAGAUGGAGUCUCUGGGAGACGCGCUUCCUCUCAUCAUCACGCGGCUCUGUGAGCCCAAAGAGGCGUCCUACAACCUGAUCAAGAAAUACCUGGAGCAGCACUUCCCCAACUUCAACAUCGAGAAGAGGCCAGACGUCCUGAAGACAGCUCUGGUGAAGGCGGUGGAGAAAGGUCAGCUGGAGCAGAUCACUGGGAAAGGAGCCAAAGGGACUUUUCAGCUGAAGCGUACUAGUAACCCGCCGAAGGGAAGCAACCUGGAGGACGCCAUCACCGCCGCCAUCACAGCCAUGAAUGAACCUAAAACCUGCAGCACCACAACUCUACGCAGAUACUUAGUGGAUGCAAACAAGGAUAGAAAGGAGUACCAUUUAGUGGCCAGUCUGAGGAGGACCCUCACAAAGUGUAAAGUGCUCGGCUGGAUGGAGCAGAUCACCGGUCACGGCUUCACGGGGACCUACCAGCUCUCGUUCCCGUUCUACCCGAGCCCCACCGUCCUGUACCCAGACAAGUUCAAAGAGCCACCGAAGAAAACCGCUCCGCCUGCAAACAAGCGAAGGCGGACAGUUGAAUCUUCUGACGAGGAAGAGGAAGAGGAGGAGGAGGAGGACGAAGAGGAGGACGAAGAGGAGGAAGAAUCAGAGGAUGAAGCUCCUGUCCGGAAGAGAAAAUCUCGGAAGAGGCCUCCACCCAAGGCUCGCCGUCCCCCACCGGCCAAGAAAUCUCGGAGCUCGAGCCAGUCAAAAGCUAAAGGCAGGGGGCGCUCACUCGCUAAGAAGUCCCCGGCCAAGAAAGCGGUGUCUUCAGCCAAGAGUCGGGGACGGCCAUCUAAGAAGGAGUCCACAGCGCCGGCUAAAGCCACGCCUGUCAAGAGAGGAGCUCCCGCGAGAAAGCCCAAAACACCAGCCGUUAAAAAGCUGAACAAAAGAGCACCGAAACGACAGGCGUCCAGAGAAUCGACCCCCGAAGAGGAGGAGGAGGAGGUGACCACACCGAGGGGCGGGUCCAGGCGAUCAAAGGCUGAAGAGGCGUCCCCUGAGGUGCCCGCAACGAAAAAGGCGGCAGGUAAGAGGCGGUCAGAGCCUGAGGAGUCAGAAGAGCCCGAGGUCAAAAAGGGGGCGAAGAACAGCAAGCGGUCCGGUCGUAAAUCCAAGAGAGGGAAAAACUGAGCCGGGAGCUGCUUCCACGGACUGGGCCGCUCCGAAAACGCAGCAGUCUGACGCUUUGAUUCAGUGCUCUCUCUCUCUUUUUAUCAUUUCUCCCUUUUUAACAGGGCAGUAGUUUUUUUUAUUUCUAUUGUAGAAUAAGAACGUUAUCCUACCAAGUUUACUGUACAUUGAGAGUUUCUGAAUUUACUUUUUAAUCACCAUGUGUAGAAAAGCUCAGUUAGUGUUGCCAUUAAAACAAAUGUGAUCGGCUGCUCGAUGGCAGCAAAAGCAUAGCAACAUCCGACAAACUGUAACUAGAGCCAUGUAGUGACUUCCGUUUUUAUAUCUGUUCCUCAUCCACUCUUUAAGCGUUGGCGACACACGUUCCUAAUAUCAGAUGAAGGGAGAUAUCAGUGUUUUGGAGGUUUGAAAAAAAAAAGAAGUUAAUUAUAACUUAAAUAUUUAAACAGUUCCUUAAUGAUAUUAGUAUUUUAUAAAACUCUGAUUUUAAAGGUCAUGUCCUGGGAUAAAAUUACAAUAUUUUCGGCAGUGCAGCACUGCAUCAGAAUAAAUUUGUAUCCAUAUUUGUCCUUAUGUAAUUAUUAAUUAUUAUCACUAACAGUGAUUGUUUAUUUAAAACAAAGAAGUCCUUUGAAAAGAUUAGGCCUGCAGGUGACAGCUCGAGGAUAAAACACUACGUUUUCAUUUCAAACACGUUGGGGGUCGGGGGGGGUGUCUUUUUGAUAUGUGUGUGUGCGCGCGCGUGUGUGUGUGUGUGCGUGCGUGUGUGUGUAAACGAGCGUAUACAUACAUUGAUUUUAUUGCUUCACAGCUGUAACUCAGUACCAAACUGUAAGAAAUGUGUGUUGUGAAUAAGAAAAAGGAGGAUAAUAGCUCAUACAUACCCUGCAUGCAUGUAUUCCUUGUGUUGUUAAGCUUUUUUCAAGUCAUUAAUAAAAUGGCUAUAUUUGUAAA